AUGAUGCAGCGGCCUCGCAACCGUCAGGGCCGCCCCCAGCAACAGCAAUCCGCCGACAGAGGGAGAGGCCGUGGUGGUAGAGGACGAGGCGGUUCCGGGCGCGGCGGCCGAAACAACUUCAAUGCGCCAUCAAGCGUCCCCAGCAUCCAACAGGUCGUCGCUGGCGCCCACGUUUCCAUCGUCCUCAAAAUCGAUCAGCCCACCGGCCGUCAGGUGCAGGGAACCGUUGCGGAUGUGUUGACCAGCGGCAACCACCCGCGUGGCAUCAAGGUUCGCCUCGUUGAUGGCCGCGUGGGUCGCGUGCGGCGCAUGGCCACCGAGCAAGAAGCAAGAGCUGGGUCUGAAGGGCUGAGCAAUUUAGGAAGGAACGGGGAGCCCGAUGGCGGCAUCUACCAGGGAGUAAGAACCACCACACGGCCAUCAAACUCGAGAUUCGACAUACGGUACCGCGACGUAAGAGAAGAGGAGGAUCUGGAGGGCCCACCGACUGGCUACAGUCUAGAUGCUUUCUUGCCACCGGACCACCCUCUUCAAGAACGGCAUGACGACACCCGUGAACCGACAGGCCUCAGCUCGGCAACGCAGGUGUGCCCCGUGUGCAACGAUUUUGAAGGCGAUGAGCUGGCCGUUUCGCACCAUGUCAGCUCUCAUUUUGACUGA